UCAGUUCAAUGGCCGUGACCGUGGACUUGACUCCCGGGCCCCGUAGCCUGUGGGACGAGCCCGUGGCGAUCGUGGUGCACGGUCUGGCCCCGGCCCAGCGGGUCACACUGAGCACCUCUCUCCGCGAUGAGAAAGGGGGGCUCUUCCGGGCCUCGGCCCACUACGAAGCGGACGCGGGCGGGCAGUUGGACUUGGCGCGGGCACCCUCCCUGGGGGGCAGCUACAGCGGCGUGGAGCCCAUGGGGCUCUUCUGGAGCAUGAAGCCCAACAAGCCCUACUGGCGGCUGGUGAAGCGGGACGUGCAGACUCCUUUCCUCGUGGACCUGGAGGUGUAUGAGGGUCAUGACCCACAACCCACCAAAUUGCUGGCACAGGUGGUCCACGAGCGGAGCUUCUUGGGGCCGGGGGUGAAGAGGAUCCCGGUGCGAGAGGGCAACCUGCGGGCCACCCUCUUCCUGCCUCCCGGUUCAGGGCCCUUCCCUGGGAUCAUCGACAUCUUUGGAAUUGGAGGUGGCCUGUUUGAAUAUAGAGCCAGUCUGUUGGCUGGACAUGGCUUUGCUGUGCUGGCCCUGGCAUACUAUGCCUUUGAGGACCUCCCCAAAGACGUAAAGGAACUUCAUCUGGAAUACUUUGAAGAGGCUGUCCAGUACCUGAAAAACCACUCCCAGGUAAAGGGUCCAGGAGUUGGGCUGCUUGGAUUUUCUAAAGGGGGUGAUAUUUGCCUCUCCAUGGCCUCCCAUUUGAAGGACAUCACAGCCACUGUCACACUCAAUGGCUCUUUGGCAAAUGUAGCAUCUGUCCUACAUUAUAAGGGUAUGACCUUUCCCCCACUGAAACUGGACCAAAAACUCAUCAAGAUGACUGAAGACGGGUUUGCAGACAUCAUUGAUGCUCUCAGCAAUCCUUUGGAGGAACCCCAUAGAAAAAGCUUAAUUCCAAUUGAGAAGGCUGAGAGUCGCUUCUUGUUUCUUGUUGGUCUGGAUGACCACAACUGGAAAAGUGAAUUCUUUGCCAAUGAAGCUGCCAAAUUGUUACAGUCCCAUGGGAAGAAAAAACCCGAGAUUAUCUGCUACCCUGCAACAGGACAUUAUAUUGAGCCCCCAUAUUUCCCUGUGUGCCUGGUUACCUUUCAUGGUGUAGUGGGAACCCAUGUGAUCUGUGGAGGAGAAAUUAGGGCCCACUCUAUGGCCCAAAUUGAUGCUUGGAAACAACUCCAAGCCUUCUUCCACAAACAUUUAGGAAAUGAUCAAAUAACACAUCCCCCCAAAUUGUAACUCACCAUUUAGAAUUCAAUAUGGUAGAUAAUAAAAGUGUGUUGAGAUGAUACCAACUACAGAGAUUAUUUUUAGAAUAAUUGGAAUAGGAUUUUUUCUCACCAUUGAAGAUAAAGUUGAAAGUAAUUUUGAA